GACCGGGCUUUGCGGCGCUGCGUAGAGAGGAUGCGCAAGGAGGACACGGGCUUCGGUCGGCUUGUGAAAGCGGCGCGCGAAACGAGCUCGCUGGGCAAGCAGCAAGCAGUGUGGUUGCAGAAGCUGGAAACCCGCUUGCAGAAAUGCAGUCGACCGCUUCUGACGGCCGGUUUUAGUGCGGUGACCCUGCGAGCGGGGCUUCCGAAUUUGGGCCAGAGCUGCUAUAUGAAUGCUGUGGUGCAGUGCUGGUACGCCUGUCGAGCUCUUCGAGCGGAUGUGUUGAAGGCGGAGGACGUCGAGUCGAACGGUCGUCUGCAUGCAAGGGGUGCUCUUCGCGGCCUGAUGAACCGACUGCACUCGCGAGACUGGGACUGUGUGUGCCCUUUCGAACUGCAGUUCGUCCUUCGGAGGUUGGAUCCGGCUCGUUGGGCCGAUGAGAAGUUGGCCGACGUCGUAGAAUUUGCAGCCUUCUUGUUGGAAUGCUGCUUGACGGACAAGAGUUUGGUACAGGACGAAGGAAGCAGUGACCAUGUGCAUCUCGGGCGCAUUCCUCAAGCAGCCUUGCCCCAGAGAGCUUCUGGCUGGACUUUGUCCCAGGCCGUGUCAUCGAUAUUUCCGACGGUGCAGCGAUCGCCGAGGGUGCUGCUGUUGCAUCUGCAGUGGCAUGCUGAAACGUUUUUGGAUUGGAGCGCGGGCUUCAAAUGCAAGGUUGGUGUUGGUGACGUGGGCUACGUUUUGAAAGCCAUGGUGGUCCACGGCCGCGAGCAUUACGUCGCAUUCGUGCGCCGGAACGAUCGAGACUGGCUUCGCUGCGACGACUCGGUCGUGGAACCUGUGGUCGUGGACGCUCUGCCGCAGAGGAAGCAAGGUACUCUGCGCGUCUGGGUCGAUUUGCAUCCGGAGUGCAGCGGCAGUUGCAGCGUUGCAAGCGUGAUCGAAGAGGCCGGAAGCAAGAUCGCGGAGGCCGGAAGCAAGAUCGCGGAGGCCGGAAGUCAGAUGGACAACGCGGGAAGCAAGGUCAAGGAGGCCGGAAGAAAGCUGGCGGAUGGGAGGGAGGCCGGAAGCGAAAGCGAGAUGAACAACCUCAUGGUCGGCAGCCUUGCAAGUGAAAGCGGCGCGACGAACGACGACGGUUUCCGAUCGCGGUCGGAAUGGCUGCAGCACGUGCAGAGCCAUCACGGGGGACUGCAGAAGUAUCGCAAUGCCUUUCUGCACCUGGAGAGUUUGGCUCCUCACGUCGUGGUGGGAUCGGAGGUGCGGCACUACGUGGCCAGUUACUCGCGGUUCUUGCGACAUGCAGCCAUGGACUGGGACGAACCUCCGGAGUCGGAGCUACCAAGGAGGUGCAUGCUCGGUUGCGCAUUUUGCGCUCGUUCUCACUGGAGAGAGGCCAUGCAAGCUGUUUAUCUGACGGGGGAGAAGGUGUUCAUGAACAAUGCGGAGGCCGUGUGGGAUCUCUUGUCUGUGAAGCGGUACCAGGAGCGCUGGCCGCUGAUUCCGUUGGAGGAGUUGGAAGCGUCGGCUGUCGACAUGAGCGUCGAGGGGACGUCACGUUUCGUGCUGUUGCACAAGCGGCGCAUCACUCCGGCGAUGCAGCGCGGCGAGGCGCCCGUUCUUGCUUGCGCGGACUGCGUCGAGGCCUUCUCGGCCAAGAAGCCUUGGUUGUGCAAGUAUGCGUUGGCGAAUGACCUGUGGUUGGGCCGACCGGAGCCGCAGCUGUGGGGUGCCAACCUGACUCACGAACUGUGUUUGGCGCUGGCGAGAACCGUUGCCCAAUAG